AUGGGAAAAGGUGGUUACGGUGAACAAAGAGGCGGUGGACGUGGUGGUUUCCGUGGAGGUCGCGGUGGUGGACGUGGUGGUUUCAACAACUCAUUCAAUCAAGGACCACCUGCUGAAGUUGUCGUCGUCGGUGCUUUCCAAAGUGCAUGUGAAGGUGAAAUGGUCUGCAAAUUGAACAACCCCAAGGUUCCCUUCUUCAAUGCGCCCAUCUACCUCGAAGAUAAGACCAUGAUUGGCAAGAUUGACGAAAUCCUCGGCCCCUUGAACGAGAUUUUCUUUACUGUCAAGAUGCAAGAUGGCCAAAUUGCCAACAAAUUCAAGAAGGAUGACAAGGUCUACAUUGGCCUCGAUAAGCUCUUGCCAAUGGACAGAUUCUUACCCAAGCCCAAGGUUGCUGGCAAGGCUUCCAAGCCUACUGGUCUCCAAGGAAAGGUCGAAAAGAAGCAAAGCGCCGGAUUCGGUGCCCGUGGCGGCCGUGGUGGUCGUGGCGGUGGUCGCGGCGGAUUCGGUGGUGAUCGCGGUGGCCGUGGUGGAGGCCGUGGUGGAUUUGGAGGCUCUCGUGGUGGCCGUGGUGGAUUUGGUGGCGAUCGUGGUGGCCGUGGAGGCCGUGGAGGCUUCGGUGCACCUCGUGGUGGUCGUGGUGGAUUUGGAGCAUCUCGCGGCGGAUUCAGUAGUGGAGGCGGUGGCAAUCAUGUCACCUUUUAA